AUGUCGAUCGUUUGGGAAGCUCCACCUUUGUCUGGCGCAGACCAUCCCACGCCUUGGGACUCCAUUCCUCCGGCUGCGCCUCAUCCCUCCGGCUCCGUCAGGCUCCUCCAUCCCUUCGGCUCCACCUUUGUCCUCUGUCGCUCUGGCUCCACCAUGGCCCCCCGGAUACACUCCUCCACGUCAGUCGCCAGCGCCAUCGGCUCCACCUCGGUCCUCCGGAUCCUCCUCAUCACCCUGGCUCAUCGGCUCUCCGUCUCCACCUCAGGCUCCUCCGCACCUGCUCCGCCGCCAUUGGUCGGCCCCCCGGAGUCAUCAGCCCUUCCUCCUCCAUGGCUCCUCCCUCUGUCGUCUCCACCAUGGGCCUGGGGAUUCUCUCUUGCUUCUCCAGCAUCUCUGUCAGAGGCCUUCAACAUCGACACUGAACAUCCACUGAGAUUUAAUGGCACACCAGAAGAUUUCUUUGGAUACAGCGUUUAUCAGACUGAGUUUGGAAACAGGAAACAGAUCAUUGUUGGAGCCCCAUUACAAGGAAAUUUAAGAGGGGAAAUUUACAGCUGCACUGCAGAUCUGCAGUCCUGCAAACAGCUGCAGCGGCCAGGUUCAGAGAGCGUCCGGUUCUUCGGCAUGUCUGCUGCUGUGUCGUCUGCUGCUGUGACUAGCUGCGGUCCAUAUUUUUCUCCUGAGUGUGAUGGAAACCCGUAUCUGAUCGGCGUUUGCUACCAGUUCAACAGCAGCUUACAGGCUGUCUCUAACUUUACUGUUGCUUACCAAGAAUGCACCAAGAGAGAAGUCAAUGUGGUGUUUCUCUUUGAUGGAUCCAGCAGUAUGAAAGCACAUGAGUUUCAAAUGAACAAAGACUUUAUUAAAGAUGUUAUGGAGGAACUUUCAGACUCAUCCAUAAAGUUUGCUGCUGUCCAGUUUUCAUCGGAUCUUCGAACUGUGUUUGAUUUCAACGAUUAUCAGAAUGGCUUUGCUGAAGAGAAACUCAUGAAAGAGAGACACAUGAAAUCUCUCACAAACACACACAGAGCAAUCAACUACGUUCUAAAGAAUCUGCUGAAUAACGUGUCGUCUGGAGCCAAUCCCAAUGCUCAGAAAGCUCUGGUAAUCAUCACAGAUGGAGAACCAUCUGAAAAUGAUAAUGGAAAAGUCCUCAGCAGAUGUGAUGAGCAGAAUAUCAUCCGUUACAUCAUUGGGGUGGGAAGGGUUAGUUUAUCCACAGUCAUUCAGCUGGCAUCAGAACCAAAACAGUACAACACCUUCUCCAUUCAACAGUACAGUGGACUCCAGGGACUUACUGACAACCUGCAAAAAAAGAUCAACAACAUUAAAGGGUCAAAGGAAGCACACGGCAGAAAUGUACAGAGAGAGUUAUCACAGAGUGGAUUCAGUGUCAUCCACCAGGAGGACUCUGUGAUUGUGGGUUCAGUUGGAUCAAACGACUGGCGUGGAUCUUUGUAUGAAGUGACAGGAUCAGGAUCUAAAGAGACACAGAUCAUCGAUCCAGCUGUCAGUAGAGACUCGUACAUGGGUUACUCUUCUGUGCUGGGAAUGAGACACGGCGUCGCUCUUCUGUUUUCUGGGGCACCACGGGCCGAACGCACAGGUCUGGUGACUCUCUUCACCAAGAAAGAAAGCACAUGGACAGUGACGGGGCACAUCAGUGGAGAGCAAGUUGGCUCAUAUUUUGGAGCGUCUCUGAGUCUGUUGGAUGUGGACUCUGAUGGAGACUCAGAUUUCCUUCUCGUUGGUGCUCCAUUAUUUUACCAGUCUCAGCCGAGGGCUGAUGGGAGGCUGUAUGUCUACGCUUUAUCAGAGCAGCAUUUUCAGAAAACCCUGAAUGUGAGCGAAUCAACCACAGGCAGAUUUGCUGCAUCUGUGUCCUCACUGAAGGACCUGAAUGGAGACAGUCUGUCAGAUGUGGCGGUCGGGGCAACGCUGGAGAAUGAAGGAGUCGUCUACCUCUACCUGGGCGAUGCGACGUGUGGCAUAAACCCUGAACACGCUCCUGAAGUUGAGCUGCAGCACAUCAUUGGAGCACAACAACACAUUCACAUAGAGCACUGA